AUGAUCAUUCCCGUCCGCUGCUUCUCCUGUGGCAAGGUCGUCGGCGACCUGUGGGAGCGCUACUUGCAGCUGCUGGAUGAUGGAGUCCCCGAUGGCGAUGCUAUGGACCAACUCGGCUGCCGCCGCUACUGUUGUCGGCGGAUGAUCAUGACCCACGUUGAUCUGAUCGAGAAGCUCCUGCGGUACAACUCCGCCGAGAAGGAUCGGGCCAAAGCCCCCGUAUAA